CCUGACCAGCAAUGAAAUCAGAGCAUGUUCUCAGCUGUGACAACAAAACCAAGAUAUACCCCUUCCCUUGGAUAACCUUUGUCACAGUCUCACAGCAAGGGGAGAUUCAGGGCUGGAGAGCAACGAUUCUCAUUGGGUAAAGACAGAAAGGAAAGCAGCUUUCUCCCCCCCUCUCUCAUCACUACGAAAGAGCCAAGAUCAGAAAAAAAGAUGGAGAGGAUGAAGGGAAAGGGAGCGGUGGACCACCUGGAGCGACCAAGUCCACUGACUGACAAGGAUAGGGUGAUGAUUCAGGACUCAUGGGUAAAGGUCUACCAGAACUGUGAUGAUGCUGGAGUGGCCAUACUCAUCAGGCUUUUUGUUAACUUCCCUUCAUCCAAGCAAUACUUUAGCAAGUUCAAGAACAUUGAGGACCCAGAGGAGCUGGAAAAGAGUGCCCAUCUUAGGAAUCACGCCCACAGAGUCAUGAACAGUAUCAAUACACUGGUGGAGAACCUGGAUAACCCGGACAAGGUGGCCUCAGUGCUGAAGCUACUCGGCAAAGCCCAUGCGCUUCGGCACAAGGUGGAGCCUGUGUAUUUUAAGAUUCUUAAUGGAGUUAUCCUGGAAGUUUUGGGGGAAGAGUUCCCAGAAGUCAUGACAGCAGAGGUGGCAGGAGCGUGGACUAAACUCUUGGCUGUACUCUACUCCAGUAUCACAACUACGUACGAGGAAGUGGGUUGGAUGACUCUCUCACCCUCAACCGGGUGAAGGUUUAAGCAGGUUUAUUGAAUGGUGCACACUUAUAGACCUCUGACUGUGUGUCCUCAAGGAUGAAUGAUUUAGCUUUGAAAUGAUAUAGCUCAAUUGUAUCUUCACAGAAUGUAUUUCAGAAACACAGUGUCAUUUUAUCUGUUGGUGCCUAUGGAAUAACACAUGGGAUACAGUGCAUAUUGUGCACACGAUGUAAACCAAUAUGAACCAAUACUGUUAUCUUUCACUAUCGCUGUAUUAAAAAUAAAAAAUAAAAAAACUGGAAGUUUGAUUGUUGGUACUGAACCUAACUAGAGAGUUGAAGUGACGAAAGACAAAUUGUAACAAAGGACAAGAGGACACAUUUGAUGCAUAGAAUGUGCCUUGUAAUGGUUGUGUAUAGUUUAUCCUGAAAACUGCCAUGUAAAAGUCAAGCAAUGUUUCGCUCAAGUCUAUUCACUUGUCUACACAACCAAUGUGAGAUACUGAGAAUAAUGACAUUUCUAAAUUUUUAAAUGUAAUGGUUGUAAAUUUUCUCAUCAUGAUGGACC